AUGAAGUUCACUCUCGCCGCCGCCGCAGCUCUCUUCACCACCGCCCUCGCCGGCCCAGUCGCACGCACCGACGACACGAUCUACCAGAUCAAGGACUUUACCCUCCGCAAGCUCGAUGGCAAGAACAUCAGCACCAUGUUCUUCCGCAUCCUCGCCACGAACGGUGGAACACUUGACUUCGAAUGCAGCCCAUACGACCCCGUCACGGACGCUGCCACCGAGCGCUUCGAGCCAGACCACGUCUACUUCUGCGGCAAGAACUCGGUGUUCAGCUUCAACUACAUCCCCGCACACGACACCCAGACAAACGAACUGUUCUUGUGGCAGCAUAUCAGCGAGACCGAGACGCUGGGCGGGAACGCAUUUUUGAAUGACCCGAUCUGCCACGCUGGAGGCAGCAAUGUUAAUGACUUCGUGUGCGUUGUGCCGCCGCAGGAGUACUUUGCCAUCACCAUGAAGAAGUUGGGCGCUUAG